CCCAGCCUGGCUAAUUGACCCGCUUCUGUAAGGCCAUCCAUCAACCGUGGCCCGAGUGGCCCCGUAAGAAACACAUUAUUCAGAGAGAAAGAGGGAGACCAGAGAGGAAGGGAGCAGACACACUAAAUGAGGGAAGUGUACGUGAGCGAUUGAGAGAGGGAGCAUGUGCGAGCAUUGAAGAGAGAGAGAGAGAGAGGGAAAGAGAGCUGCGCUGCAGUAGCAUCCCACAGCAGACGGCUAAGGACUGCCGGUGUGUGUGUGACUGCACUGCUGAAGAGGAGGAGGAGGAGGAGGCAGAGGGUGAGUACGCUCGCAGACUCUGCAGGGCCAUAGAGGAACACACAGCAGCAGCGGCAGCGCUACUGUUGGCCGGCUCCAGGUAGAAGUACCAGCGCUGUCGCCCAGCAGACCACCGCCGUAGGAACUGGACACGCCAACGCCGCCCAGACCCCCACUACCAACGCCAUGGCACAAGCGGCCAAACAUCUCCGCAAGAACAAGGAUUUAGAAGCCCAGUUAGAGCAGGAGCGCAAAGAGAAGGAGGAGGAGAGGAACAAAAAGAGGAGUCGCUCACGGGAUAAAAAGCGCAAGGCCCACGCCGUGCAUCGCUGGCUAAUCGAUCAGGACAGUAGUGUGAGCUCUGAGAUGCCGGAUGGCCAAGGAGUAUGGCACUAUGAUGAUGAAGCAGAUGCUGGCAACAGUUUUCUCCGAGCGGCCCGUUCUGGCAACUUGGACAAGGCCCUGGAUCAUAUCAAAAAUGGCAUCGAUAUAAACACAGCCAAUCAGAAUGGGCUCAACGGGCUGCAUCUGGCCUCGAAAGAAGGCCAUGUCAAAAUGGUGCUGGAGCUACUCCACAAUGGAAUUGUACUGGAGACCACCACAAAGAAAGGGAACACCGCCCUACACAUUGCAGCUCUGGCAGGGCAGGAGCAGGUGGUCACAGAGCUGGUUAACUACGGGGCCAAUGUCAACGCUCAGUCUCAGAAAGGUUUCACUCCACUCUACAUGGCUGCACAAGAAAACCAUCUAGAGGUUGUGAAGUUUCUCCUGGAGAACGGAGCCAAUCAGAGCAUUCCAACUGAGGAUGGAUUCACUCCUCUCGCCGUGGCCCUCCAGCAGGGACAUGAGAAUGUCGUAGCCCUGCUCAUCAACUACGGCACCAAGGGAAAGGUCCGCCUCCCUGCGCUGCACAUUGCAGCACGAAACGACGACACACGCACAGCUGCAGUGCUUCUGCAGAAUGACCCCAAUCCUGAUGUACUCAGCAAGACUGGAUUCACACCCCUCCACAUUGCUGCACACUAUGAAAACUUGAACGUAGCUCAACUGCUGCUCAAUAGAGGAGCCAAUGUCAACUUCACCCCAAAGAAUGGUAUCACACCUCUGCACAUUGCAUCCAGGCGGGGGAAUGUGAUCAUGGUCCGGCUCCUGCUUGACAGAGGGGCUCAGAUUGAUGCCAAGACCAAGGAUGAGCUGACUCCUCUGCACUGUGCUGCCAGAAAUGGUCAUGUGAGGAUUAUAGAGAUCCUACUGGACCAUGGAGCCCCCAUCCAGGCAAAGACCAAGAAUGGCCUAUCUCCAAUCCACAUGGCAGCACAGGGGGACCACAUGGACUGCAUCAAGCAGCUUCUGCAGUACAACGCAGAGAUUGAUGACAUCACGUUGGACCACCUUACCCCUCUCCAUGUGGCGGCACACUGCGGCCACCACCGCAUGGCCAAAGUACUGCUGGACAAAGGGGCCAAACCUAACUCUCGGGCACUGAAUGGCUUUACUCCUUUGCACAUUGCUUGUAAAAAGAACCACAUGCGUGUGAUGGAUCUCCUGCUUAAACACUCUGCAUCACUAGAGGCUGUGACUGAGUCAGGGCUGACCCCCUUGCAUGUGGCGUCAUUUAUGGGUCAUCUCAACAUUGUGAAGAUCCUUCUGCAGAAAGGAGCUUCCCCCAGUGCCUCCAACGUGAAAGUGGAGACUCCCCUCCAUAUGGCGUCUCGGGCAGGGCACUAUGAGGUGGCAGAGUUUUUACUGCAGAACGCAGCACCGGUGGACGCCAAGGCCAAGGAUGACCAAACGCCUCUGCAUUGUGCUGCGCGGAUGGGCCACAAGGAGCUAGUAAAGCUACUGCUGGAGCACAAAGCCAACCCCAACUCCACCACCACAGCAGGCCACACACCCCUACACAUCGCUGCCCGGGAAGGACAUGUACAAACUGUACGCAUCCUACUGGACAUGGAAGCUCAGCAGACCAAGAUGACCAAGAAAGGCUUCACUCCGCUCCAUGUGGCCUCUAAGUAUGGCAAGGUGGAUGUAGCAGAGCUGUUGUUGGAGAGAGGAGCCAACCCUAAUGCUGCUGGGAAGAAUGGUCUGACUCCGCUGCAUGUUGCUGUACAUCACAACAAUCUGGAUGUUGUUAACUUGCUUGUCAGCAAGGGAGGGUCGCCACAUAGUGCAGCCAGGAAUGGCUACACUGCCCUCCACAUAGCAUCCAAGCAGAACCAGGUGGAGGUGGCUAACAGCCUGCUGCAGCACGGAGCUUCAGCCAAUGCUGAGUCACUGCAGGGAGUCACACCUCUCCACCUGGCCUCGCAGGAAGGAAGGCCCGACAUGGUUUCCCUGCUCAUAUCCAAACAGGCCAACGUCAAUCUUGGAAACAAGAGUGGAUUAACCCCACUGCAUCUGGUGGCACAGGAAGGACAUGUUGGCAUUGCAGAUAUCUUGGUGAAGCAAGGGGCUUCAGUCUAUGCUGCCACGCGGAUGGGUUACACCCCUCUCCAUGUGGCGUGUCACUAUGGGAACAUCAAGAUGGUGAAGUUCCUCAUCCAGCAACAGGCCAACGUCAACAGCAAAACAAGGCUUGGUUACACUCCUCUGCACCAGGCGGCUCAGCAGGGACACACUGACAUUGUGACACUGUUGCUGAAGCACGGCGCUCAGCCCAACGAGACAACAACAAAUGGUACUUCAGCCCUGGCGAUUGCUAAGAGGUUGGGCUACAUCUCUGUGAUUGACGUCCUGAAGCUCGUCACUGAGGAGACUGUUUCCAUGACGACCACAGAGAAACAUCGCAUGAGUUUCCCAGAGACGGUGGAUGAGAUACUAGACGUGUCUGAGGAUGAAGGAAUUGCACAGCUAACAUUAGGAGAGGAGCUCUUGGGGACAGAAGGGGCCAGGUACAUGAGGAUGGAUGACAUGAAAGACCAUGAUGACGAUUUCCUCUCCCCCAAGAAAUCACUGGAGUACGAGAGAGGGCUGGGCACAGCCAAUUACUCGCCAGCCAUUCCCAGGAUACCCCGAGUCUCUCCAGAGACUGUUAUUCUGCGAGAACACGAGAUAGAUCAGCAACACACUCCACUUCCACUGCCCAAAGAAUAUGACGAGGACUCGCUGAUUCCCAGCAGCCCGGCGACUGAGACGUCUGACAAUGUCAGCCCGGUCGCCAGUCCCAUUCACACAGGGUUCCUGGUCAGUUUUAUGGUAGAUGCUCGGGGCGGCUCAAUGCGAGGCAGCAGGCAUAACGGUCUGCGUGUCAUCAUACCUCCGCGGACCUGUGCGGCACCCACCCGCAUCACCUGCCGCCUGGUGAAGCCGCAGAAGCUGACCAGCCCCCCUCCGCUGGUGGAGGGAGAGGGGCUGGCCAGCAGGAUCAUCUCCCUGGGUCCAGCCAGCAUGCAGUUCCUGGGACCAGUGAUAGUGGAGAUCCCCCACUUUGCCGCUCUGGGUCGCGGUGACCGGGAGCUUGUGGUGCUUAGGAGCGAGAACGGCUCAGUGUGGAAAGAACAUCGCAAUCGCUACGGUGAUGAGGUGCUAGAAACAAUCCUCAACGGGAUGGAUGAGGACUUGGAAAGUCAAGAGGAGCUUGGGAAGAAGAGAAUCCGUCGCAUCAUCUCCACCGACUUCCCGCUUUACUUUGCUGUGGUAUCACGAGUCCAGCAAGAGAGCGACCUGAUUGGACCAGAGGGAGGUUCGCUGACAAGUAAACUGGUGCCACUGGUCCAGGCCACGUUUCCUGAGACGGCAGUCACCAAAAGAGUCCGCCUGGGGCUGCAGGCUCAGCCAGUUCCAGAUGAACUGGUUGCAAAGCUGCUGGGUAACCAGGCAAACUUUAGCCCUGUGGUCACUGUGGAGCCUCGGCGGCGCAAGUUUCACCGACCCAUUGGCCUGCGUAUACCUCUGCCCCCGUCCUGGAAGGAGAGCCCCCGAGACUCUGGGGAGGGCGACACCACCAGUCUGCGUCUGCUUUGCUCCGUCAUAGGUGGCACAGCCCCAGCCCAAUGGGAAGACAUUACUGGCACCACCAAGCUUAUGUAUGCUAAUGAUUGUGCAAGUUUCACAACCAAUGUUUCAGCACGAUUCUGGCUCGCAGACUGUCCUCGGACAGCUGAGGCUGUCUCCUUUGCCAACCUGCUCUACAGAGAGCUGUCAGCUGUACCCUACAUGGCCAAGUUUGUGGUGUUUGCAAAGAUGAAUGAGCUGCGUGAGGGACGCCUGCGCUGCUACUGCAUGACCGAUGAUAAGAUGGAUAAAACCCUGGAACAACAUGAGAACUUCACAGAGGUGGCUCGUAGCAGAGACAUAGAGGUGAUGGAGGGAAUGCCGCUUCACCUGGAGUGUUCAGGGAAUCUUGUGCCAGUGAGGAAGGCCACCCAGCAACCUCGCUGCUUCAGCUUCCAGGCCUUCAGAGAUAACCGACUUCCUGUCUCUGUGAAGGUGAGAGACAGCAGUAAAGAGCCCACUGGAUUUCUGUCUUUCCUGCGCAAGUCCACUAAGUAUGAGGACAGCCAACAUGUGCUCUGUAACCUCAACAUUAGCAUGCCUCCAUGUAUCAAGGUUAUUGGGAGUGAAGACCGGAGGCGAACUCUGACCCCGCUGGCUUUGAGAGAAAGAUACAGUGCACUAAAUGAACCUGCUAUGGCGUCAAUGAGUGCCAUGGAGAGGACAGAGCUGAAGAUGGCUGUCAUUGCAGAGCAGUUGGGAUUGAGCUGGGCUGAGUUGGCACGCGAGCUUCAGCUCAGUGUGGAUGACAUCAAUAAGAUCCGUGUGGAGAAUCCCAACUCGCUGCUGGAGCAAAGCUCUGCACUGCUCAACCUGUGGGCCACCCGCGAAGGCAAGAGGGCCAAGAUGGAGAGCCUGUACACAGCUCUGAAGAGUAUUGAUCGUAUGGACAUAGUCAACAUGUUGGAGGGCCAGCCUCCUCAGACUGCGAGACAAGGGUCCCGUGACUUCAGCAGACGCCGAAACAACGAGAGGGAGCACCUUUCCCCUGGUUUGACCAAUGGUUAUGGGCUCGCGCAGGAAGAGCUUCUCUCACCAGCCUCCAUGCAGUACAGCCUGCCCUCUCCGCUGGGUGCUGAGCCUUACUGGCAGGAAGUCUCCAGCCUGGACUGUGCACCCAUUGCUACAACAGAAGAAGACACCCUCAUGGAGAUGUCUGAUGUGCAGGUGUGGCCCUCAGGGAACAGCCCCUCCCUGGUCCCUGUGGAGGACUCCUCGCUGGAGUGCAGCAAUGCUGACGACUCAGAAGGUCUGCUGGGGCUGCCGUAUGGAAGUCUGGGUCGGCCGGCUAGUCAGGCCAGCGCAGCCAGCGGAGGGGGUGGGGUGCUGAGUGGCUCCAUUGAGCUACCCGAAGACGAUUCAGAGAUGGGCGUUGACUCGCUCAGCACUGCCACGCCAGCCUCGCUUGGGGGCACCAUCGCCGGGAUCAAUCUUAAUGGGCUGAACAAUGGUCAGGGGUCAGAGGCAAGUUCGGAGGCAUCAGCAUUCGCCAGUAUCACUGGUGGAGAUGGAGCUGGAGGAGGAGGAAGAGGAGGAGAGAUGGGCUCAGUGGAAGGGCUUUCUCUUGUUGCAGGACAGCAAAGGGUGUAUGCUCGGCUGAGUGAGUCACCUGGUCUGAGCUGUGUUGCAGAUCGGAAUGGAGACAGGUCAGGUAAUGGUGGAAAUGGAGGUGGUGGAGGCUCUUUCCUUUCCUACCUGCAGGAACAGUCAGGCCCAGGGUGGAUCCCUGUCACUGACCCUACACAGGCCUGGGUGGGCAGUCAGCCUAAACCCAGGCAGGCCAUGGAAACCAUGAUGUCAUCAGUAUGUAACACCGUGGACGCAGACCAGACCCACAUGUCUCAGGAGGCCUUGCUUCAGCCUGUGAGGGACAUGGGGCAUUCGGAGAUCUUAAGGGGGCACUUCAGAGGUACCCAGCCGUUUGAGAAGGGUUUGGGCUUCCCACACAGGGUACCAGAGCUGAGGGCCUGGGAUGACGUGCGCCUUAAGGGCCAGGGCGAUGAAGUUGAAGACCUUCCUGGGGAGCAAGUAAGCGAGGAACAGUUCACGGAUGAACAUGGAAACAUUGUCACAAAAAAGAUUGUGCGUAAGGUUGUGCGCAGAGGGAAGGGUUCAGGUGAGGAGGGGGUUCAGGAGGUGAGCGUGGAGGGCUCUCUGCAGGACGCCAACGAGCUGGAGGUUGAUGCUGAGCAGUUCAUGAGCUACGCCAUCCUGGGCCGGGACAGCAGCAAGCCCGAUACUGUGGAUAUGAAGAAAGGUGCUCAAAUAGUGAAAUGUGCCAGUCUGCGGAGAGUUAAGCAGUGAGGCAGACUGAGUGCUGCGUCCCCGCAGAGUUCUCCGCAGGAUUCAACCUCUUCACCAAACCCAUCCUAUAUGGACACAUGACCAGCAGCAGCUGACAGGAAGAACAUAGAUAAAAGGCAGAUGGACCGAAAUGAAGGGCAACAGACACCAACGCCAUGACAACCACAGUGGCUCUGCCGACUAUCAGCACGCACCGGAAGAGAAGGAUAUGGAUUUACUUGUAGUUUUUAUUACCUUUUUUUUUAAAGAAAUUGUGGAGAAAAAAAUAUACUUACUAGGCUAGAAGCAUGAUUUCGUAUAAAACAAAAACCAAACACAAACAAAAAAAACUAGCAACCAAAACGUGCUUCCUGUUAUCUGUAUCAGCAUGAGUGACUGCUGCCGCAUGGCCUGUCUUUAACUACAAAUACUGAGGGAAUACAAGGGAGGGAAAAUGGGAGGGGAGGAGACACUGCUGUGUGGGACAGGCAUGUAAUGUUGGGUAUGGUCAAUCAUUGGCCUGUUUUCAAAACCAACAGGGGAAAGUUCAUCAGUUAAAAAAGGGAGACUAAAAUACUGAAAAUUACAUAAUCUCUAGGCAACAGGUUACUCGCCCUCCUCCCUGCCACUAAGAGCAUCACAACCUAGUUUUAAACCUGUCCCAGUGCUCUUAAAGUCCAGUAAAGCUACAAUUAUCACCCAAGGAUAUUGGUGUUGUACAUAAUAUCGUAUGCACUAAAAUGCUCUACGUGACUGUGUGUUACGUGUGUUUAUGUUCUGAGAUCCCUAUGCGAUGCCACUGAUGCUGCUGUUUCAGGUACAUACGAAUUUCCUCCCCUGUUUUUCUCGUUUGGUUCGUUUGGUCUGAACCUAUAUAUAAUUCUAUAUAUCUUGAGAUCUUUGUGGGUACAAGAACAUACAAAUGUCGUGUCGCUCUGCCUGUUUUAAACGUCAGAUUUUUGUGUGUCAAGUUGUUUGUUUCUUUGUGCUUUCCAUGUGCUUUCGCCCUUUGCUUUUGACAUGUCAAACUGUAGAGGGAAGACAUACUGUAAGUCAUUUACUGUACUGAUGGUGUUUUUGAGCUUUGGGAGGCGGGUUUCUGCAGUGAACCCGCCUCCCCGACCUUCCCUCAGAGUGGUUUGCCUUGUGGAGAGCGUGACAAUGAGAUAAUUGGCAGAGUGACAGUGAGUGACAGAUUAUAAUGAGAGAUUAACAACCCCACUCCUCCGCCUUUUCUUGUCCCCAGAGUGUUGUAUCCUUGUGAGGUUUUGUGUUAAUCAGAUGUCUGUCUGAGCCAAAAUCCAAAUACCCGUCUUCUCCCUCAGUCUUGGCCCUUAUCGCCCUACCUCCACCUCUCAACCCCGUCACCCCUCCAGUCAGCCUCUCAGAGUAGAUGUAGCAGUCCUGACCACCUCCAGCAAGGGGCAGGAUCCCACCUUCGGCAGUGUCUGUCUGACAUCACACAUGAGGUGCACUUAUAGACCAUCUCACCACCACCCGAAGAUGUCACUUAAUGAGGGUAAAGUAGCUGAAACGCUGGUAAUAAUGUAGCACUGGUUUGACUGGGUAAAAGAUACAGAGUCAGCUGGAGAAAGGAAAGUAUCGUGUCGAGGAUGUGUUGAGCUUUGAUGUUUGUCUCCUUGGUAAUUCUGUGGAGUGUAGCAAAGACAGUCAGUCACCAAUCACUGUGAUGAGAAACUGUAAUACUGACCCGCAACUGUGAGCCUGACCCUUCUCGAAGCGUGGCCCUUGUUUCACUCCUUUCUUUAGUGUUACGUCUUUUUUUCCCCUCAUGAUUUACUGUCUUAACUGUGCUUCAGGAGACGCAAUAACUGCUUACAAAAGGAAAGGAUUGUUUGCAUUAGUGUGUUUGAGUGUGUGUUUGAGUGUGACAGAGAGAGCGAGGAUUUUAGGAUCAUAGUUCAUGUUCUUCCUAAACUCGAGCUUUCAGUCUGUUUAUCACAGCUUUAGGCUACUCCUCACUCCAUUCUGAAAUGAUGUCAGUGCAUUAGUAUCCCACAUUUUAUCACUCUGCCUCUCUAGAAAAGAAAACGUUUAAGUUCUACACUAAUAUUGGGCGAGUAUUGGUAUGAGUUCAUACCAGCCAUCCCAUCUGCAAAGUGCCCAGUGUCUGUUUUUGUUACUCAUCAGGUAAUGUAGGUGUGUUUAGUCAUAAUUUUUAAACCUUAAUGACAUUCAUAUGCACCUUGAAAGAAAUCCUAUUUUAUGUGUGUUUGUGUGUGUGAUUUUAAUGUCACAUAUUUAGUCCUGGAUAUUGGGACAUUGGUGAAGUUGUGAUAAUAACACAAGGAAGUAAUAUUCCAAAUGGACAAAGAGCAGAGGCUCUCAGAUUAUAUGUGUAAUUCUAAUUCACAUUUUUUAAAGUUGAUUUACCUCAAUAAGCGUGCCAUCUCACAUGAUAUCAUUAUCCUUACAUGCAUUUAUUUCAAACAUUAUGUCAGACAUUGAAUGCUUUAUUAUGGAAAUGUACUGCAAUAAUCACCCCUCAAUAAGUGUUUGUUCAGUAUGGCUUCACAGCCAGAGAUGAUGAAUGUAAAGUCUUGGUAUACCGUAAGUCUUGUUAUAAAGUAGUCAUCUGUGUUGGCUCUGUACUUUAGUAGAUGAAAGAGUUGAUCAUCAACAUUCAUGACAAACAUAGAUACAAAUCAUUUAGGAGGAGAGAUAUAAAGAGAGAAGCCUCAAAUGGGUUUUGGACACUUAUCCCUUCAGAUAUUAUUUCUAUUUUAUUAUCUUUUAUUAAUAACCACAAAAAGUUAGAUGUCAAUAAAGAUUACACAACAGUGUAACUGUGUAUUACCCCUUAUGUUAUAGCAUACGGUCUGCUCUCUAAGGGCUCAUAAUUAUAAUAUGCUUGGGUAUGUUUCUGAAGCAGGGGCUGUUUAUACUUCCACUGCUGAUGUCAGGGUUAGUGCGAGCCGGGGUGGGGGUGGGAGGGUGUCUGAUGAAAAGACAAUGAAAGGUAGCAGUUUGGAGUGAGAUGGAAGGCUCGGUGGCUCCGACGGCUAGUCUUUCGAGAUGACAAGCAUUUUUUCCUCAACACAACCCACUCCUGUUCUAUUUCCACCCCCUUACCAAAUAUAAGACUGAGACAAUUCUAAGGCUUCCACACGGUGACACUUUGAAUGCGGUUUAAACGGACGAGUACAACUAAGUGCAAGAAGAUGGAGGAUUGGUUACGUAAGAAAAAUGAACAAUGGAAAGCCCUGCACUGAGGGACCACUGAGAUGAUGCCAUGCACCAAGUUCAUGCAAAAAUAUUAACUGUUGCAAAAACUAGAGAACACAUGUAUAUUCCUUUAGAAUGGAUUGAAGACAUUAUUAACGCAAUAGCAUAUUACUCAAUACUAAGGAAUGCAACUGCGCACAUGCACAGAAAAUGUUUUUAACAUAAAAGGCUAUAUAUGAAAUAUAUGAAAAUAUAUAAAUAUAUAUAUUUACUUAGAAUGCUAUGCACCCUUUCUUGUCAAAUGGGAUUCUAGUUAUGUUAUGGAUGUACUUUUAGCAUCAUACAGCUGUAGCUACCAAGAGACUGUUGAGUUCUGGGUAAUGCCUGCAACCUGGGGAUAAAUAGGGGUCUUGUGGGUAUUUUAACCUGUUUUGUUUGCUUUUUUUAUUGUUAUGGAGAGUUGAACACGAAUUUAAAAUAUAAAUGUAAAAGCCUUUUAAUCCAAUCAAAUCCGAGGACAUCUAUUGACAAUUUACUCUGUACACCAGCUCAACAUUUACAAAAUUAAUAAAGAAAUGAAAUGUC